AUGGACCGUGUGCUGGCCACACGAUUCGAGAGCCAUGUGUCGGGUGCUGGAAUUUGGAAGGAAGAUUUUGAGGUCUCGUCGGACCGUUGUGGGUCCGACAUUAGGCCACAGGGGGAGUCUCGGGAUGACAUUCCAGACAAUGACGAGUACCUAGACGAUAAACGCGACAAGAACGUCACUCUCUGA